UCUCCUCGAUAUAGUGAAACUGGCUCUCUCUCGCCCGUGGACGUAGCUAACACACAUCGUGUUAGUGAACCACGUAAAUCGUGUGUCUGUGUUUUUCGAUUCUCGCUUUCGUAUUCUUGCUUUAUCGAUUCCGACGAUUUCUCGAUCCGUAGCAGCGCGUUUAUAACAAGUGGUAUCAGAGCUGCGACUGGAAAUCAGGCUAGGGUUUUCGAUUCAGAAGAAUGACGUCGGUGAACAUGAAGAUCGAAAAGUUCACGGGGAAGAACAACUUCGCUAUAUGGCAGAUCAAGAUGUAGGCUUUAUUAAAACAGCAAGGGUUGUGGGGGCCACUGUCUGCGAAACAGAAGAAGGCAGCGGUCGAUGACGAUGAGUGGAAUACCCUGGAGGAGAAGGCCCACUCGACCAUCAUGCUAUCGUUGUCUGAUGACGUCAUCAUUGAAGUCGCUACUGAGAAGACUGUCGCGGGCUUGUGGCUAAAGUUGGAGAGUCUGUAUAUGACAAAGUCCUUAACCAACAAGCUGCAUCUCAAGCAACGGUUAUUCAGCUUGAGGAUGCAAGAAGGUACGCCUUUGAGGGAACAUCUCGAACAGGUUGACUCUAUUUUGCUGGAUCUGCGUAAUAUAGAUGUUCAAGUUGAUGACGAGGAUGCUGCCCUAAUCCUGCUGGUUUCUUUGCCGAGUUCAUAUGAGAAUUUCGUUGAUUCUUUUAUAGCUGGUAAAGAAAGCGUGUCGUUGGAAGAUGUCAGGUCUGCUCUUCAUACGAGAGAGAUCAGGCAUAAGGCGUCCGGAUCUGGUACAGGUGGUGAGGCAUCGGGUUUGGCUGUUACAGGUGGAAAGGGAAAGAAGAAAUCUGGUAAAGGGAAUUCGAACAAGAAUUCCAAGGGUCCCGGUCCAUCCUUUGACCCAAUUUUGCGCAUUUUCCUUGUUAGAGUUUGAGCUAGUUUUGAUUCCUUAAUAGAAUAGAGUUCAAUUAUAGUUGUUGUUUGCUAUUUAAAGGCUAGGAAGCCUCGUUGUAAACAUAGUUUUUAGUUGAAUGAGAAAAGUGACAUUGUCACCAAACACUUCGUCUGUUGGUCGUGUUCCGGCAUCGAUUUGUGCUUUGUAUCAAUUGAAAACCACCUCAAUCGUGGUCGAGUUUCAAUCUUAAAUCAUUCGAGCAUCUUUCCAUUGUGUGAGGUUGCACCUUUGGUCCGUUUUCUUUUUCAAUUUUCAAUUUUCACUCCAGUUCUUCUCGAUUGAAUUGGUAGACGCACGAUUCUAAAUAAAAAGACCCUUCUUAAGGCUCAUCAAUACUCGAGCUAAUACGAUCUAUCCAAAAUAUCUUUUCAUCCACUUACUCGACCGGGCGAAUCAGAUAAACCAGGUUGAUAACCUUUUUUUUCUGAGUGAUAUCAAUGGAAAAUAAUAGUUAAGCUUACAAUUCUACCCAGGACCCCUAAAAGACUCUAAAGAAGCCACCCCAAAAAAUCAAAAGAUUCUAGCUCUACACGAGACAAAAGCAGUGCUUUACGCGCCACUCUAUGGGCAGCACUGAUGGCGGAUGAUAGACCGUUAGUUACACAUGCUUUUACCCCUGCUCUUACUCUGUUUGAGGUAUUGAUUCUCGUGUUUUAGGCCGAUUUCACGCUAGGUGGUGCUUGUUUAUGAUAUUUCAGGUCCUAGUACGUGAAUGGAGGCUUGGGAGCGAGUUUGAUGUCGAUUGGACGCGGAUCGGACGCAUGGCGAGAUUCCAAGGAGGCUGCACGGCCAGACCAGGGAGUCGCACGGCCGUGCAGCAUACAAUUAUGGCCGUGCGACAUUAUGCGAGAAGACGCACGGGCAGAGCAGAAAACCCGCACGGCCGUGCAUGUAACCAGUCUGGCCGUGCGGGAUUGUGCGAGAGCUUGCACGGGCACAAGUGAAAUCCGCACGGCCGUGCGAAGUGCAAUCCUGGCCGUGCGAGAAGCCCGAGGUUCAACUUAUUGAUACGCCGCGUUUUGAGGUGCACGGCCAGAAUGGUGAUGUGCACGGCCGUGCACCCUGGCCGUGCGAGUCGGGAUUUUCUCCUUUUAAGCAGAAUUUCAGCCACAAUUCGGGGGGAUUCGAGUUUUUGAGAGAGAGAUCAGUUCCUAGAGAGAGAAAGUGACGAGCAAGAGUUCCCAAGUGCCCUAGAUUGAUCUUCAACACCAUUGGAGGCCAGCUUGAGCUUGGAGAAGUGCCAAUCAACGUCCAGAAGCAGGAAUCCAUCCUUCGCAGUAUGAAUUCCGUGUCUGAUUCUGCUUUUGCUUUCUUCUCUAUGGAGUAGUUCUCCCAUUCAUCUGGGUAUGGAGAACCCUAGAUUUGUAUGUUAGGCUUUGAUUGUAUGAACCCAAGUACUGAUUCUGUGAUUGAUUAUAUUCGAUUGAGGUUUGAUGAUUGAAUGACUUGAAUCCUGAUCAAAUUCCUGUUGUUUCUGCUUUAACCUAGAAUGAGAAUAUCUGCCUAGGUUAAUAGAGUAUCCUUGAUUGAAGGUAGGGAGUUGGUGACUUUAGUCGAGGAGCCAACUCACUAUUCUGUACCGGAUUUACUCCGGUAGUGGAGGUUUUGUUCUUAGGGCCUCAAUCUGUCGACUCCGGUGGAGGUUAGUCGCCCGCUAGAGAGUCAGAUUGAGAGGGUCUGAAGACCUUUAGUCGAGACUUCAGGCUGUUUAAGAACCUUCCGCAGUAUAACUGUCAUAGAAACUGAACUUGGUAAUUACAAUCCGGCUUAACUGCAGUCUAGGGGGAACCAUAUCCGGGUGACCUCUUUAACCUGAAUACAACCAGUUUACUUGC